AUGGGACCUAAAAAGGGUAAAGAUAAUUUUGACGAAAAUUCUUGGCGUACAGCAAUUGAAGAGGCUCCACUAGACAGUGAUACGUGGACAGUUAAAGUCAUUCUUAUAGAAGCGGCUGGUAGUGACCAAGAUAGGAUUUAUUUGAAUAAAUUUGAAAUAUUUGCUGCCGAAGAAAAAAGGUUUGUCAUUAAAAAUAUUAGUAAAACUGAAACUAUUUUCAUGGUUAAUCAACUAGGAGGAGAAAAGAAAAUAACAGAUGAUAAUUUAAGAGUUUUUGAAGAAGGUCAAUCCUAUCUCAAAGAUAAGAAAGAUAUUCCUCCAGAUAUUCAAGCGUUAAUAAUUAAAUAUAUUAUAUUAAAAAUGAAAGAUGAAUAUUUAUUUAUUAAACGUCAAAGGCUCGAAGUAAAUGAAGGAACGAAGAGGGAGUCUUCAACUAUGAUUGAUAGAGCGGAAGUUAAAGGUACUGUCAGCGUAAAAUCUCCAGAGUUCGUAGAUAUUUCACCACCUUCGAAGGGAAAAGGAAAGAAGGGAGAAGCUAAACCUGCAAGUCAAAUCCCAGAACCAACUGAGGGGAAAAAAUAUAAUACUUUACUUAGAGUAAGAGGCGAAGAAUGGAGAGAUAAAGUUUAUGUUGAUGACUAUCCUACAGAUGGACCAAAUCUUUAUGUCGCUGUUACAGGAUUUGUUGAGCCGUAUUUACCAAGCUGUCUCGUAAAAAUUGGAAUACCUCUGACUGCAAUAGUCCAAAUUAGAAUCGACCCCACUAUAGUUAAUGUGCCUUCAAGCUUAUUUCGUGUUACCAAAAGAGGUCAAAGUCAAACUGAAAUAUUAACCGAGAAAUCGUUGCACUUUUGGGAAGAUUUACAGCAAUUACGCAUUAAUAGGAGUUACGCAGAUGAUUUUAAAAAUACUGCUUUUAUAGUGUUCACUCCACCAUACUGGGAUACAGAAAGACUAUCUGGGAACCCUGAUAAAAUAUAUGAUGAAAUAUGUUAUUUAAUAUACGACAUUCAGGAUUUAACAAGACAACAUACUCAUUACUUACAAAAUAUGGAUGUUAUAAAUAUACCAAAAGAAAAGGAGGAUAAACGAUGUAAGAAAUAUUAUCAGCAACAGCUUAACGAUUUACCUUUAGAAUCUGUCACUAUAUAUUCUAUAUUAGACAGUAUACUUCAAACUGUUUCUAAAUUCCAAGAAAUUGAUGAUAAAAACAGUAGAAGUUCAUUAUCAACUUCAUUAACAUUAAAUCGUGCGAAUGGAACUAAUAAUAAAGCAGUAAGAGCAGAAAUACUUAUAAAAGACGUUUUUAAUACUUUCUGUAAUACUGAGUCAAAUAGGAAAACUUAUCAUAUUUCAUACGGAGAUGAAUAUGAGGGUUAUAGAGAUCCCAUAAUUAUUAAUUAUGGCGAUUUUGUUAAAAAUACAACUUUCCAUCUGGAAAAUAUUAAUUUAGACAACAUAGUAUGGUCAUCUUUAUUUGGAAUGCCUAUUAACAAUUUAUGGAAAAAUCAAGACCCACCCGUAGGAGAAUUAGAAGCUAAAAUAAAUUUCCACAUCAAUGUACUUUUAUCUUGUUUUGAUAGAGUAGACGUAGAAACAGCAGAAUUAAAUAGAUUAAUUCAUAUUUUGUCUUGUAAGAAAUUAUACAAUAAUAGAAGUUCAUUAAAAAAACACCACUUGCCCUCUACUACAAUUUCAGAUUUUAAAAAAGUCUAUUUAAAACGAAGCGUCCUUGCUGUGCCUUUGUCAAAAAGCUUUUCUGCUCUUCAGAACUCAAGUACCACCACUUCACCAUCUUUCCCUUUUAUGACAAAAAAUGAAAAUGCUUCAAAUGUAUCUUACUCAAAUAAUACAGAAGCACAACGGAUUAAAUUUCUUUUUGACUACCCAGAUCUUAGUGAGUUAGUUUCGGCAGCAGAAAUUGCUAACAAUAGACCAAAUAACCAUAUGAUUGAUGAUUUUGAAUUUUUUGAAGACUUUACUGGAACACAUGCAUUUCAGAUCAUACUUGACGCUUUUAAUAAGUAUAAUUGCGUUGAUUACAAAUAUUGUGAAAUAACAGAUUGCAUCAUAUUAAUGUUCUUUAAUAGUUAUGAUAAAAAUAAUAUUGCGCGCGAAGAAUGGCGCUGUCAUUUGCCAACGCCGCUGUGCUUACAAGACUUUUUUGAUUUUGUGUUAGAAGAACACUACGACUGGAUCCAAAAAGAAGAAAAAAUUUAUGAUGAGCAUAUGAUGUUAAAAUCACAGUCAGUUUCUAAAGAUUUAAUUGAUCCUUUUGCCGCAAAAUCUUGUGUGAAUAAUAAUGAAGUAGAAAUGGAACUUUUAAUGGAAGGUUCUUUAAAAUAUCAAGAACUUUCCCAAAUUGAUGAAGCUACCUUGAAGUCUACGGAAACAAAAUAUACGACUUCAAAAAAGACAACAAUAUCUCCAACAUCUACAGAAGUUGAUUCUAAAAGCAGUAGAAAAGCGAAGUCAACAUUUGCUUCUUCAUCGAAGCACUUAACACAGUCUUUUUUGGCAUCUCGUAUUAACUCUGCUUCUGAAAUACCCAAAAAACCAUUUUCAGGGUACAAUUUAGGCGAUAGGAGAGUAGAAAUAGUAGGCAGAGAUUCAACUUUCUUUUCUAAAGAUGGAACAGAAGUUUCAAGUUAUUACACUCUAAUAAUACCGAUUAAUGCAGAAUACAUAAUUUUAAAGGUAAUUCCUGGCAACAGUAAAAAUGAAUUUUGGUUUCACAGGGCUUUGGGAGAGUAUAUUUCUUCAGAGACUCAGAAUAUAUGUGAUUCGUUUAGAAUAACAAGUACGAAUAAUGUUAUGAUAAAUAUUAAAAAACAGUCACAUCAAGUACCACUUGCUUCCGUUACAAUGUCUACUACAGAAAAUCCUAAAAACAAGGGUGCGUUAAAGUCUCCUUCAGAAAAACUUCGUGCUUUACAAUCGAUAUAUGAAACAAGAUCCUAUCAUUCACUUUUUAUGACUUGGCCGAAUGGGCUCAUUACAGAAAGUGUAUAUGUAAAUAAUUCGCCCGUUAUUUCUCACAUCAAACAAUAUUACAUAAAACCCUUAUCUUAUAUUGAUGAAGAUAUGCGAUGUAUAAGCUUAGAUGGUGAAGUAAUAGUUUUUAGAAAAUCGGGACCCAUUGUGGUACUUCGUCCAGAUAGUUCUUAUAUUAAGAUUACAAAGUGCAAGAAAAGGGUUAUUGUGACUGAAGUUGACGAUGUUCCUAGCGAAAUCAGUUCUGAUAAAAGUAAGAAAGUAAAAAACAAAGACAAGACUAAAGAAAAACCUAAUGAAACUUCGUCAAAAUCUUCAAAAAAUUUUUCAUCUGAUGACGACAACUUUUCGGAAAAUAAAGCACCUGAAUUUGAGGUAAUCGUUGAAGAAUUUGAAUACAUUGAUACAAAUGGGUUGAGGCAAAAAUGGAUCAAUGGCGUUGCAUUUGAUAUUGAAAGAUUAUUAAUCCGCACUGCUACAGAUUAUUGCCUAAGAGAAAUAUUUUCUAGGCGUAUGGAUGGUACCAGUAUUUUACUCAACAAGGAAGGAGUGCAAGUUGUAACUUUUCCUGAUAAUACAAGAAUUAUAACGACUUAUAUUAUUGAAGAUGAAGAAAUAUUUCCAGAGUGGACCGAAGAAGAAAAAGAAUAUUUCGACCUAUUAGAAAUGGAUACGAUUGAAAUUAACACAAUGAAGUCAAAAACAUCUGUGCCAAAAAAAAGCUAUAUAGGUAACUACAAUUAUAAUUCAAGCAUUGCUAGUUGUGUAUCAAAGAAAAUAGAAGAGGAAGAUACAAAGGAAAAUGGAAGAUCAGGUGGCUAUGUAUCUGUGCAGAUUAUUUUCACGAUCGAACAUGCCAAUUUUACUACAGUAACAAUUAAUAAAGCUGAUAAUAAAAUUUCCGUGGAUUCUCCAGAUGGUACACGAGUCAUUGUAGAUACUAAUAAUCGUUAUGACAUAUUCUUAGAUGAAUCGACUUAUGCUAAAUUCGAUGGAGAGAAUUUAAUUGUUGAUUACGAAGCAUGCCCCCAAUGUCGGUUAAAUACGACCUGUACAAUAAAAAUUAAAUCUGAUGACAAAAGCAGUAUUACUAAAAAUCAUCAAAAUUGGCUAAAAAUGAGAGACUCAUUUUGUAAAAAAAUUGCAGUGAAUGACGAAGGAUCUAUUAAUAUUAUUGAUGAAUUAUAUUCUAAAGAACUGAUGCAAAGUGAAGAAGUAACAAUCAGUGAAGAAUGUGCAGAAAAGUUGGAAAAUGCAGAAGAUGAAAAUACUGAUAACAAAUCUGAAACUUCAAUUGCAUCACAUGGAAAAUGCCGAGAAAUGUAUAUUGCCCAGACAACAAAAUUUUUCGUUCUUCAACGAGAUUUUGCGUGUUCCGAAUUAGUUCAUAGAACAUUGCUGGAGGAGUACAAGCAAGCCUGUCGAUGGCAGCCAUGGUGUUCCAUAAACCAUUAUGAUUCAUUUGGUGACCAUAGAAGCUUAAUUACUAUUUUGACUCCUGUACAUCUAACGGAGUCUGAGAAAUGGUUGAUGGAUUCUAAUCUCGCUGAUAAGCCAAAAUAUCUUACCUAUAAGGAUUUGAAAAAAGACACUGGUAAAGGUUUUUACCAUUGGAUGCGCCCAUAUGAAAGAUUCAAACCUAAAUCAAUGAAACCGGAUAACGUGUUACCACCGAGACUACCUAGAGCAUUCGUUUUAAGAACACUUGAACAACAAUGGAACGAAAAGGAUAGAGACAAAUUAAAGGGUGCAAGGGAAUUGUUGAAUGCGAUAUUGCGAUAUCGUCAAGUUAUGGAAUCGAACAGCGAAACUUUACUUAAUAUCCCAAUACUAGAUCCACGAUCUGAGAACGAACGACGCAUUGACGACAUCAUACAAGCCUUGGCGCACAGAAUAUAUGAAAAGUUAAAAGGACGUCUCACAGUAGAUGUUCAGAGUCGAGCUAAAGCUAUUAUUACGACGAAGCCAUCCGCCGUAGUUGGAGAAAUAUUAGUUGAAGGAGAACUAGAAGAAUGCGCAGCAGAACUUAAGAUAUUAGAGGAAGAACGUGAAAAUUUACGGGAAAUAGAAAAGGUAGAGGAAAUGAGCCCCGAUCUGAAGAGGUAUUGGCGACGCCGUGCUGAGGAGUACAAAGAAGAGCAGUUCUACCAAUAUCUUCUGCGUAAAGGUAAUGUACCUCCAUACUUUCGAAAUGUCCUGGGUGGUGCAAUUUGGUGGGAUAUGAACAAUGCCGCGAGCGAGGCAGUCACGAAGGUUGAGUGUCGCAAUACGAAAUGUGUUUGUGAUGCAGAAGAAGGCACUUCACGAACUAAUGAAUAAACUUUACAUUCCUUUAAGUAGAAAUAUUUGCUCACUGCAUCAAACAAUAUGUUCUGUUUAAUUGUUUCGGUUAUUAUAUUUUCGACAUUUACUAUUAAAAGGCAACUCUUU